CGAGCGAGUUCCGGUCACGAGUUGCGGUGUUUUGACGGGCACGUUGUAGCCGCGUGUUUGCCGGCCGUGUUUCAUCGGUCUCAAAAGUAAGCGAACACGUCGAGCGCCUCGGAACUGUCCGUCUCGUUUUCGAUUGCGCAUCUGUGACCGGCGUUAUUUCCUUCCGAGUCAUGGCGAACUUUCUCUCGCACGGCAACAUCGCCCAGGCGGGCGAUACGUGUGUGGUGUACUGCACUUUCGCGCACAUGUACUCCCUGAAGCUCGCGUGCGGCGAAGUGUUUCAGACCAAGUACGGCGCGCUGAAGCACGACGACGUGAUCGGGCGUGUGUACGGCACCAAGGUGCAGUGCUCGCGUGGCUACGUGUAUGUGCUGCGCGCUACGCCGGAGCUGUGGACACUGACGUUACCGCACAGGACGCAGAUCGUCUACACCCGCGACAUCAGCCUUGUGACGCUGCAACUCGACCUGAAACCCGGGUCGGUCGUCUGCGAAGUCGGCACUGGCAGUGGUUCAAUGACACAUGCCUUGGCCCGGACUGUGGCACCGAAUGGUCACGUGUACACGUUCGACUUCCAUGAACAUCGUGCCCAGGUGGCCCAAAAGGAAUUUCAAGAGCAUGGCCUGGACUCGGUUGUGACUUCUGCACAUCGCGAUGUCUGUCAAGAUGGUUUCGGCAUUGAGGGACUCGCUGAUGCCGUCUUUCUGGACUUGCCUCAUCCCUGGAAAGCUGUGGAUGCUGCUGCUGCAGCGCUGAAACCAGGCUGUGGGGGGCGCCUCUGCUCCUUCUCGCCGUGCGUGGAACAAGUGCAGCGCACGUGCGAGGCGUUGCGUGCCCGCGGCUUCGUGGACGUGGUCACGUGGGAGUGCCUCGAGCGUCCCUACGAGAUAAAACAAGUGGUCAUGGCCGACAUACGCGACGCGCCCGGGACACUAGUAGGUGGACAGGCAGCGAAGAAGGGAGAGCGGGCAACAGCCGAGAUACUCACAGCUGCGGAGGGAGAACCAAUGCCCGGUGUGGAGAAAGCGUCCGAAACUCUAGACGCAGCUGAAGCUGCUUCUGAAGAAUCCAAGGCUACUGCAGAAAGGAAAAGAGGGAAAAAGCGUCGUGGUCACACCGAAGAUCCGGCUUCCAAAGGCUUCUGUUUCCAUGCGGCCAUACCUUCUUUGCAGAUUCCAGGCCACACGGGGUACCUGACCUUUGCGACUCUACUGGCCUCUUAGCAAUCCUACAUUUCAGAUAGCAGAGACAAGUGGCUAGCAUCCCCCUUACAUUUUGUUUCGUCAUCCCUUUGCCAAAUAAAACGAAAUGUCUAAUUAAGCGUAUUGCCGGGGGCGUGCUACGCCAUCUUGCUGUCAACACCAUACAAAGACGCAACCCGCCUCAUUGAACUACACUGCGGGAACUACGCCCCAUGCAAGAGCACGUUCAGUUGUUGAGCGCACUUUGUUCUGAUGAAAGGUCGCUGGUGAUCGAUGUUCACAAAGGCAUUAGAAGCGCCUGUGUGCAAUGCACCGGAUGCUGCACGUGCAGCCAUGCACAUUGUGUGCAUACCGAUGGGUGACAGGCCCUGAUGAGCUUGUAGAGGACAAAAUGGGUGUUGGUGACCUGGAGUGUGACACGGAAGCGUCAUCUUAGGAUCCGGAAGCAGUACAAAGGAGUCCAGUGCCAUCUGGCAAUCGUGACUACCAUAAGGUCGUCCAAGGCACGCUGUUUGACUGGCUGAAGGACAAAGUUGUCAUGCUUUUCUUUAGAAAGACGAAUCAAUGUGUCCUUGCAAUUGGCAAGGCUUUAUUUGAUUCCCUCCUGAAAACUGAUAUGGUGUCGUAUACCAUGUUGUGUUAGUGUAAUAAAACUGUCAUGAGUUACUUUUA